GUUGCGUGUCAACAUCUCCCUUGUAAGUGGAUAGCCUAUUUAUCACAGACACCCCAUCACUCGAAGCCAUCCAUUUUAAACAUUUUUACUUGGUCCGCCCACACCUGUUCCUCCCAUGCUUAAUUCAUCGGCCUCAUGUCAGUGUCACGCAAGUUUCUGAAGGUAGGCGCGGAUUAACGUUCUAGUACGCUACUUCCGUUGAUACAUUCUGCAUUGUAUUCUAGUAGCUCACACAUCUUGCAAUAAUAUCCCUCGACUCCUGUCGUGAGGUGCGAAAUCGCAGCUUCGACUCAUCCGGAGGGCGAGAUCGCCGAUGACCCAAGUGAUCCAUACACCAAGCGUGGUGCCACACUCCCCGCUCCAGCCCUACGACCGUAGCGUCACCGGAGGCGGCGCCAAACAGCCAGCCCACUAUCAGAACCCGAUACGUACACUACAUCACGCAAUUCGAGCAGGCCCGCCAAUUCAAAACAUCACGCCCGCCCCUUCCGGUGACCGGCUCGCUUAUUUGACCGGUCCGACAGCCCGGCUCAUCCGCACUUGCUCCAGCUUGAUUUUCUUUUGCCCUCCGAUAACCUAUCUUCCUCGCGCUGUAACGGCAACUUACGGCGGCGGCAACAGCCACGGCAUCCUGAGAAAUGGCGACAACUGUGCGGCGCAGGCUGGUCGGCAAAGACAUCGAAUGCGAGAUUGCGUCGGAAACUGCCUCCGAGACCGCAACAUCCCGCGAACCGAGUCCCGAUAAUCAGCAGCGUGAAGUCACUUCCAUCUUCAAGGCCAUACACAAACGUUCCAAGACCCGAAAGCGCAAGACGACAGCAAUAUUCCUGUUGGGGAGUCUGUUUGGGAUUAUAGCAGCUGGCUUCUUUGCUAAAAGCAAUGAUCUGAUCGAUCUUCCUCUCCCCGAGCUCAAAGAGCUCAGUGUGGACAGCUUGUUCGAGGUAUUGCCUGCCGGCUUUGUCAAAGAGAUGCGUGACCUGAUGAACGGCGAACGAGACUUGAUAGAGAGCGAUGAUGCCUUCUCGGUAGGCAUGAAGAUGCGCGCCGAAGGCCUAUCGGCCGACCACCCUAUAGUCAUGAUCCCCGGGGUCAUCUCUACUGGUCUAGAAUCAUGGAGCACGUCUGAGCUGUCGUUGCCUUAUUUUCGGAAGCGGCUUUGGGGAAGCUGGACCAUGAUGCGAGCUCUUGUCAUGGAUAAAGAGGCGUGGAAGAGGCACAUCAUGCUCGACAAGACAACCGGAUUAGAUCCCCCGGGUAUCAAGCUACGCGCCGCCCAGGGUUUCGAUGCAACCGACUUUUUUAUCACGGGUUACUGGAUAUGGAAUAAGAUCCUCGAGAAUCUAGCAUCUCUUGGCUACGACCCAACCAACUCAUACACAGCGGCUUACGACUGGCGAUUAGCAUACGCAAACCUUGAGGUGCGCGAUCACUACUUUUCCAGGCUCAAGUCUUACAUUGAGCAAGCCGUGUUCAUACACAAGAAGAAGGUGGUUUUGACUUCUCACAGCAUGGGCAGUCAGGUUCUGUUCUACUUCUUUCACUGGGUUGCUUCCAAGAAAGGCGGCCAGGGCGGCCAAGACUGGGUGGAAAGACAUGUUGAUUCAUGGAUCAAUAUCAGUGGAUGCAUGCUGGGAGCUGUUAAAGAUGUAACAGCGAUCCUUUCCGGUGAAAUGCGGGAUACGGCGCAGAUGAAUGCAUUCGCGGUUUACGGUCUCGAGAAAUUCCUUAGCAAGGAGGAACGCGCCGAGAUAUUCCGUGCUAUGCCUGGAAUAUCAUCCAUGCUUCCCAUGGGCGGUAACGCUGUCUGGGGAGAAUUGGAUUGGGCUCCAGAUGACCAGCCAGGCCAAGGGCAUAGCUAUGGAUCGUUGCUGAAUUUCCGCGCCGGGCAAAAUGUAUCGACAACGCCGGACAGAAAUUUUACGAUCGAAGACGCGAUGGACUAUAUACUUGACACAACCGAUGACUGGUACCGCGAUCAAGUGAAAGGCAGUUACUCUCACGGGGUGGCGAAGACGAGGGCGGAAGUGGAGGCUAACGAGAAUGACCCUCGGAAAUGGAUCAACCCUCUAGAGACACGACUACCAUUGGCACCAAGCCUCAAGGUCUACUGUUUCUAUGGUGUAGGGAAGCCGACGGAGCGAGCCUACUUCUAUCGGGCGCCGGAUCCGGGAACGACAACGCAUCUUAAGAUGACGAUCGAUACGACUUUGACUCAGGGGCACAUUGACCACGGUGUGAUUUUGGGCGAAGGCGAUGGCACAGUGAACCUUAUGAGUCUGGGGUACAUGUGCAAUAAGGGGUGGAAAAUGAAGAGAUACAAUCCUGCGGGCUCAAAAAUAACCGUGGUCGAGAUGCCGCAUGAACCAGAACGGUUCAAUCCGAGAGGAGGGCCGAAUACGGCGGAUCACGUGGAUAUUCUAGGAAGGCAGAAUCUAAACGAGUACAUUCUUAAAGUGGCGGCAGGUCGAGGCGAUACAAUUGAGGAUUUUAUUACUAGUAAUAUUCUUAAAUAUGUAGAAAAGGUUGAAAUUUAUGAAGAGUAAUUAAAUACGGCACAUAGGUUACUCAAUAGUAUGACUAAUUAAAAAAAAAUUUUUUUUCUAA